AUGGGAAAUGACACACAUAUAUAUCUCUCUAUAUCUCUCUCCCUAUCUCUCUAUAUAUCUCUCCCUAUCUCUCUCCCUAUCUCUCUAUAUAUCUCUCCCUAUCUCUCUAUAUAUCUCUCCCUAUCUCUCUCCCUAUCUCUCUAUAUAUCUCUCCCUAUCUCUCUAUAUAUCUCUCCCUAUCUCUCUAUAUAUCUCUCCCUAUCUCUCUAUAUAUCUCUCCCUAUCUCUCUCUAUAUCUCUCCCUAUCUCUCUCUAUAUCUCUCCCUAUCUCUCUCUAUAUCUCUCCCUAUCUCUCUAUAUCUCUCCCUAUCUCUCUCUAUCUCCCUAUCUCUCCCUAUCUCUCCCUAUAUCUCUCCCUAUCUCUCUCUAUAUCUCUCCCUAUCUCUCCCUCUCUCUAUAUAUCUCCCUAUCUCUCUCCUAUCUCUCUAUAUCUCUAUAUAUCUCUCUCUAUCCCCUAUCUCUAUAUGUCUCUCUCUAUCUCUAUAUCUCUCUAUAUAUCUCUCUAUCUAUCCUGUGUAUUUAGACAGCACAUGUACCUUUAAGCCAAUCAUGUCGCAUUUGUCAUUUACUGCUAUUCUCACUUCUUCCCGCUUUUCUUCUUCUUGGCCUCUUCCCAAAUUUAACAUCCCUUUCCUUUUCUUUCAAAUCUUAAUAAUCCGUUACCUCUUCUCUCCUCCUGCCAUUCCUUACAUCUGCUUUCUUUGUACUAAUUUGCUUCUCAUUCCUUGUAAUGUAACAAUAUCAAACUGCACCCGCAAAAUUCUUCAGACGUAUCUCCUCUCUCUACGAAACCGUGACUCAGUCUGUCUCUAG